AUGGAACUACCAGUGCUUCUCCUUUCAAAUGGAGUGCUAAUGCCUGAGGCUAAAAUGCGAAUUCCGGUUCGAUCAAAGUUCAACUUAGAGAUGUUGGAUCGUUUUGUGGUGAAUAGAGGGAUGGCACAAGGGAAAACGAUGAUUUUGAUCGCCUAUCGAGAGGAUAAAGACGUUUAUCCGUAUGCAACUGUGGCUUCUGUAGAGCAAGUGACUUGUUGGCAGUACAAUGCUCACACACAAUACACAUUGCAUGUGGUGGGAGUGUCGAGAGCGAAAAUCGAGGCUUUCAAACAUCCGACUUGUACAGUCAAGUUCUUGGUCGACAUUCAUGGAGAUGUUUCGUCAGAGAUUGAGACAGCUUUUCUCGAGAAUUGCAACCGAAUGCUUGUCUAUCUUUCUCGUGAAAACACCGAAGCCGCUUAUCGACUGCAAAAGUUGUUGAAAGAGAAACGACUUGAUUCUUUAUCCGAUGCUGUAAUGUCACAUCUGAAUGCGAUUCCCAAUUCAACACUGCUCACCUUUUUGUCGACGGUCGAUGUGCCUAAACGAGUCGAUCAGGCGAAUGCGGAGCUCGAUAAAAUGUUCAAAAACAUUCCUCUCGCUGGUGUACAAAUCGAGGAUCUGAUUCCAGUGAAAGGAACAAGACGGAUCACGCCUGGAAAUCGAACUCACCUGGGUCAGAAGAGGUCAGAAGAGGAUGAAUUGGAGAGGAAACUAGACGAAGCCCAACUUCCAGAUACUGUCAAAGAAAGAGUCCUUCAAGACUAUGAAAAGCUAAAGAAAAUGGGCACAAACUCGCAGGAAUCCCAUGUGCUUCGAUCAUAUCUUGAAUUAGUCGCCUCACUACCUUGGAAUAAAUCAACCACUGAUCAAAUUGAUAUUUCUAUUGCUCGUAAAGCUUUGGAGGAUUCACACGAAGGGAUGAAAAGUGUGAAAACGAGAGUGCUCGAGUUUUUGGCAGUUCGAAAGUUGAGUGACGCUGUUGGGGGCCCAAUUCUUUGCUUCUCUGGCCCACCAGGAAUCGGGAAAACGAGUGUGGCGCGAGCAAUCGCAACAGCACUUGGAAGAAAAUUUGAGAGAAUUUCUCUUGGUGGAAUCAGAGACGAGUCAGACAUUCGAGGACAUCGACGGACGUAUGUCGGGGCAAUGCACGGGAGAAUCAUUCAAGCAAUUCGGCAUGCUGGCUCAAAAAAUCCUCUAAUUCUUUUAGAUGAAGUCGAUAAGCUGUAUGCCGGUGUUAGCGGAAGUCCAUCAGCUGCUCUAUUGGAGGUGCUCGACCCGGAACAGAAUUUUUCUUUUGUUGAUCACUAUUUAAAUCUGCCAUUUGAUUUGUCGAAUGUACUCUUUAUUGCAACGGCCAACGACACAUCAAACAUCGAGCCACCACUACUCGAUCGAAUGGAACUCAUCGAAAUGACCGGAUAUUCAACUCAUGAGAAAUUGAGAAUUGUGGAGAAUCACAUCAUCCCGAGACAGCUUCCACGUCACGGACUCUCUGAUGAUUGUAUUGAAUUUGAAAUGGCCGGUCUUCAACAUAUUGUAAAUGGAUAUACGAAAGAGGCGGGUGUCCGUCAGCUCGAGCGAUGUGUGGCCGCUCUUUGUCGUCACGCGGCGCUGCGAGUAGCUGAAGUGAUGAAUGGUGACUGUACAGCGGAUACGUUUUCUGAUUUGGAGUUGCCGGUCAUUGUCGACAUUGCUUUAGUGGAAAAAGUUUUAGGGAUUCCAAAAUUUUCCCAUUUUGAUUUGGUGACACAAAUGAAAGCAUUUCGUCCAGGUGUUUGCUUUGGACUUGCAUGGACACCAUUUGGAGGAGAAUUGAUGUUAAUCGAAACGAGUGGUGUUAAAGGAAAAGGUGAAGUGAGCAUGACGGGGAAGCUAGGCGAUGUGCUGAAAGAGAGUGUAAGUGUGGCGCGGAGCUGGCUGAGGGCAAAUGUGGAACGGUACAAGUUAGAGUUCUCCGAAGAAAUGGACAUUCAUGUGCAUCUACCAGCUGGAGCAAUUGGAAAAGAUGGACCGUCAGCUGGGUGUGCUCUGGUGUUGGCACUCUUUUCUCUUGUAGCUGGGAGAAAUGUUCGGAAUGACACGGCGGUCACCGGGGAAAUCAGUCUCUCUGGAAGUGUGCUACCGGUUGGUGGCAUUAAAGAAAAAGUGAUUGGUGCACAUCGAGCCGGUCUUCGAAGAGUCACUUUACCAGCUUCAAAUCGAAAUCAUUUUGAAGAAAUUGAGGACGGAGUUAGAAGAGAAAUCGAUGUAGUGUUUGUCGAGACGAUCGACGAGCUGCUCACGGCAAUGAUGGAACCCCACUCGUUGGGCUACCUCGCAAAACUU